GUAACCUCACUUUUUAUCCCUUUGACAUUUCUAUCAACAUGCUGGCCGUUUAAUUUGGAUUUUUUAAGUUUAUUAUGGGCGUAAGAGGUCUUACAACGUUUAUAGCUCAAAGCUCGAAUAGAUACAUAAAACCUUAUGAAUUACACGAUACCUACUUGGUUAUCGAUGGUAAUAAUUUAGCAGCUCAAUUAUAUAAAUGGCACGCAAAAUGUUAUGAUUGCUUCGGCGGGGAUUAUGAUAAAUAUGAGAAAACGGUGAUUUACUUUUUUAAAUUAUUAAAAGAAUGUAAUAUAACUCCUUUGAUUAUUUACGAUGGUGGUUAUGAAGAUAGAAAACUGAAAACUGUCUAUCAAAGGGUAAAAGCGCGUCUUCUGCAAGCUAAAACGAUCGAUGCCGCUAGAGAAAAUGGAAUGAGUGUAUUCCCAUUAUUUUUAAGAGAAUUAUUUGUUGAGAUAACCUUAAAAUUGGAAUUAAAAGUUGUUCGAUGUUUAGUUGAGGCGGAUUAUGAAAUGGCUUGCAUCGCGAGGAAAUUAAAUUGCCCCGUUUUAAGUUACGAUUCGGACUUUUUUAUUUUCGACGUCGCUUAUAUUCCUUUUAAUACGAUCGUAAUGCACGGAUCUAAGUCUCGGGCUAAUUACAAAUAUGUGGAAUGCAAAAUUUAUAGGGUUGAUUAUUUUUUGAGGGAAUAUGGCGGGAUAAAAAAAGAAUGCCUCCCUUUGUUAGCAACUUUAUUAGGAAACGAUUACAUUAAAGCUUCUGUGUUUAAUAAUUUUUAUAAGCAUUUAAAAUUGGGGAAACGUAACGGCAAAAAUGAUCAACAAAGACGAAUUAAAGCGGUUAUCGAAUGGUUAAGAAACGAAGAUUUUGAAUCGGCUUUAAGGAAAAUUUUAGGGCGCGUUAAACAAUUUCGGAGAAAAUAUGUUGGAAAACAAAUUAUGGGAAUUGCAAAUAGUUAUGUUUGUUCUGAUAGUGAAUUGAUUAAGUUUUUAGACAUUGAGGAAAAUAAUAAAGAUAAAAAAUCAAAAACGAUUAUUGACGAUAUAAAUAUUGAUGCGAUUUGCGAUGAAAGUGCCGAAAAUAACGAAGAAGUUGAUUCUGAGGACGAAUCAUCUGAUGAUUCUUCGAGUGAUGAAUCUCCUGAAGCCGAAAAAGUAAUGAAACCAGAUGAUUCGAGGCAAAUUGAUGAAUUACCGAAAUAUUUUGAAGUUAGAUACCAAAAAUGUGUUUACCCCGCUACUUUUAUUGAUAUAAUUUUUCAUAAUCGAUACAUUUUUGUGCCACAAAUUGAAGAUUUUUGUUGUAACAUUCCCUCGCAUAACAUAAGCUUGGAAUUAAUGAAAGCUAUUUAUAAAAUGUUGGCUUUAAAAAAUACGAAGAAAUUAAAAUAUAUUAAUAGAAACAUUAAAGGAAAAAUCGACUCAUUCUUUAUAUUAAAAUCACCAUUGGAUCUCCCCAACAUAAACGAAUUAGAAAAUUUAUCUUUGGAUGAAGCUAAAAAAUAUUUUUAUUUAGUUUUAAAUAUUGAUAAGGAUUUAAGAACUCAAAAUAUAAUAAAUGAUUUUCCAGCAGAUUGGAAAUUAUAUGUGUCGAGUAUAAUUUAUUGGAUUAAAUGGUCAAAACCGCCAAUAAAUAAUUGUUAUAUUUAUGCGUUGAUUUUAACCGCUUUAAUUUUACAAUUUAAAGUAGGUUAUUUCCGAGAUGAACGCAAGUUUUAUAACAGUUUUACAGCAGAAAUUAAAGAAAUCGAAAAAAAUACAAAAGAAUUAACCAUAAACAAUAAAAUUUCAAAUGAAGAAGCUUUAAAAUUAAUCGCAAGAAACGAUGAGAUUAUGACAUACAAAGAAAUAAUCACUUAUUUUCACAUGAACAUUAAAUUAAGAAGAAAUCCAAAUCUUUAUGAUAAAUCAAUAAUUCACGGAUUCGCUCAGUUUCAAUCUUGCGCUUAUCACAUAAAGUAUUUAAAUUGUUUAUUGGGAAAACCAUUUGAUGAUUACUUAAUUUCAAAAUUUUAUAAUGGAACUUUAAUUUAUAAUUUAACAAUGAAUUUUUUAACCAGGCGCGAUCUGGAUGCUUAUUUACGUUUAUUUUUGAAAAAUAGUCCUGGGGUUUAUGCCGCAUUUACCAAAAUUAAAGUGUCGAUUGCUUUGUGUUCGGAUGUCUCCUGGACCACUAAUGAACGAUUUAAACGGAAGAGGAAGCGAAAUCGAAGUGGAUUUAACAUUUUUAAAAAUGAUAAGGAAGGUGAUGCUGCCGACGAAAGCGAUGAUGAUGUUAACAUGGAACAUUGUGAUGAAAAUAAUCGAUUUUCAUUAUUAUCGAUUGUUGAUGGUCAAUAAAUACGAUUAAUUUUGUUAUAAUACUU